AGAGAAGGGCGUGGUCUCCAGUCUAAAGUCCACACGAGGUCUGCAAAGCUUAAAGAUACCCGUACCCGUACCCAGCUCUUCUUGGACAGUCAUCACUUCAGUAGGGACACUAUGAGCGGUGGAGUGUACGGAGGAGAUGAGGUGGGUGCCCUGGUAUUCGAUGUGGGCUCUUACUCCACUAGAGCUGGCUACGCAGGAGAAGACACUCCAAAGACGGACAUUCCGACUGCCAUGGGGGUGGGUAUGCCAGACGAGGUUGCCAUGGAAACGGAUGGCGGUGAGCGCCCCCCGGCUACCAAUAAGAAGUACUACAUUGACUCUACAAUGGUGUACAAACCGAGAGAGGGGGUGGAUAUAACCACGCCCAUCAGGGACGGACAAGUGACGGACUGGGACUUGUAUGAGCAGCUGUUGGAUCAUGUGCUAGCCAAGCACGUCAAGACAGAGGCCCAGUACCAUCCUGUACUCAUGUCAGAGUCCCCGGUAAACCCCAAGGCUAAGAGAGAGAAACUGACAGAGAUCAUGUUUGAGAAGUAUAACAUCCCAGCCUUCUUUCUAUGCAAGACUCCAGUGCUCUCAGCGUUUGCAAAUGGUCGCUCCACGGCGCUAGUGAUAGACAGUGGAGCCACCCAUACCACAGUCACACCUGUACAUGAUGGGUACGCUCUACAGAGGGCAGUGGUGAGGACCCCACUCGGAGGAGAUUACGUCACUGCUCAGUGCAGGUCUUUCCUUGGUGAUCUGGGAGCAGAGGUGGUGCCCCCGUACAUGAUAGCGAGUAAGGAGGCAGUAAAAGAGGGCAUGUCGCCAGUGUGGACCAAGAAGAAGGACCUUCCCAACGUCACAGAGUCGUAUCAGACGUUCAUGGCCAAUGAACUGCUCCGAGAUUUCCAGGUCAGUGUGGGGCAAGUGUCCGUCACUUCUUUACAGCAAGAGAUUGAACAGAGCACGAGUAUCCCUACCACACAGUACGAGUUCCCCAACGGCUACAACCUCAACCUCACAGUGGAAAAGUUCAAACUGUGCGAGGGACUAUUUGAUUCCUCCUCCCAGCACCUGAGGGGCGUGGCUGGAGGGGACCUGCUGAGCAUCCCCAACGUGGCUCUUAACUCUGCCUCCCUCUGUGAUGCAGAUAUCAGAACCAGCUUGUACAGCAGUGUGGUGGUUGCCGGGGGUAACUCGUUGCUGACUGGAUUCACUGAUCGUCUGCAGAGAGACCUCCAACACAAGACACCCCACACGUAUCGUGUGAAGCUUGUGCAGAGCUCCAGUUCAAUGGAGAGAAGGUUCAGCUCCUGGAUCGGAGGAUCUAUCCUGGCUUCACUGGGCACUUUCCAGCAGAUGUGGAUUUCCAAACAAGAGUACCAAGAUGUGGGAAAGAUUGUCGUCGAGAAGAAGUGCCCCUAGCAACCGUUUCUCCUUAUCGAUUACAUCUUAUCAUAAACACAAUGUACGUAAACCUGAAGCAUUGACCGGUCAUCACCUGACCUGACAAUGGUUUCAGCCUUUUUCCUCAGUUUUUUUUCAUUUCUAAUUCUUAUUAAUAAGUAUGACUUGUACUUUAUGACUUAUUUGUAUCUGGGUAUAAGAAUGUUGUAAGUAUUCAUA